CAGGCUUAAGCAUGCCUAUCGCAUCGAGGAGGUAUGUCCGCGUCAGCGAUGUACCACGCACGUCCGCCACGCGUAGCGAUGGUCACAGUCCGAGCGCGAGCUUGAUACGCGGCGUGCAUCCACUCAGCGGGGCGGGCCAAGAAAGAUGCCGUCGCACCUUUGUUGGAGUCCAUGUUGGAUUUGGGGCGGCCAAGACUUUUGCUCGCCUGCGUGCCUGGAAAAGGCCGAACGUCAAACCCCAACCUCGAUUCGCACUCCAACCCCCUCGCCGCACACGCCGCUGAAGCAUUUGGCCGCUCUGCUUGGCUAACACGCCGACCGUCUCGCCAGAAGCUUCUACGCGCGAAGCUCAAAGCGCCGAGGGGGUCACCUUGGGCCUUUCCCCCCCAGGAUGAAAUUGGCCACUUCUGUGGAGAAACGCCGCCAAGUGCCGCUAUCUCGCCUGUUCGCGCUUCCGUGCCUGAGGAUACCUCUGCAGGCCUGCUAUCCGGUCACAGGACGAGUCGAGCCGACUCUGCAUCCGUACUCUUCUUGGCACCUCAAUCUUCUCGAGGCGGCUCUGGGCUUGGCUAACAAAUUCCCGCUUUCAUGCAUAUGCAGUUGUCGCGGCUGCGAGGCUAUUCUUGUCGACUGGGAAAGCAGAAUGCGGUGGGUACCGCAAGCAUCCCGUCAGAAGUAGUUUCUCCACGAACUCGAACGUC